ACUUUUAUGUUCUUCUUCACCUGGGGCUUGAAGGAAUGACAACAAUCGGAAUCCACAAACCCCAUUUCACAAUUCCAACCGGCUAUGGACCCUGGCAUCAUCAAUUCCAUUCCAACCCAUCAAUCAUCAAAAUGUCAAUGAACUCAGGAUCUUCACAUGGCAUAAAAAAACAAGAUUUAUCAUUAAAGAUUCAAGAAAACUAUAUUUGUAAAUCAGAAACUACAAAUCUUCAAUUUGAUCGCUUGCAACACCAUGAUCAACUAUUUGUUCAAGACAAGAAACAUGAAUUCGGGCAGUUUGUUGCACGUCGGGCAGUUCUCGAUGAAGAAUAUUGGGCAGCAGCAUGGCUUAGGGCAGAAACCCACUUGGAAGAUAGGAAAGAUGAUAGAUUUGCUGAUAGCUACAGAAGGAAAUUUACAGAGCAGGAGUUUAAUGCGCUAAAACGACAGUGUGAAACAAAACAUGGACAAAAAAGUGCAUGCAUUGUCACGGUAAAGAAAGAAAAUGGGAAUGAGAGACAUACUGUACUGAAAAGUGUAGUUGGAACCCUUGAUGUCAGCAUCCGACCCUUCUUACAUGGAGAGACCUUUCCAGGGGAAAAAGUGAAAGCAACUAUCUUCUUCAACACAGAAACAAAAGAACCAAAAAAACAAUACGGUUAUAUAGCCAACUUAUGUGUCGCCAAGUCAGCACGCAGACAAGGCAUUGCAAGAAACAUGUUACAUUUCGCCAUUAACACUGCCAUGUCAGAUGGUGUAGAACAAGUGUAUGUGCAUGUACACAGGAAGAACAUAGCUGCACAAGAACUUUAUAAAAAAAUAGGAUUCAAGAUUGUUGAUUUAGCCACCCCUCAAUUAUCAGGAGAUAAAACAUACUUACUUUGUUACAUGGCAUAAAAAAAUGUAUACAUAUAUAUAAAUAUAUUCUCCAUUAUUGUAUCAAAAACCAGUUAAUAAAGUAUGCCCACAUAUUCUUUUCA